AUGGAAAAUAUCCCUUAUGCCAAUGCAAUUGGAACUGUUAUGUAUUCAAUGAUUAGUACUAGGCCUGAUCUUGCAUAUUCAAUAUCUCUGCUUAGUAGAUAUGUGUCAAAUUCGGGGAAAUCUCAUUGGGAUGCAUUGAAAUAUAUGUUAAGGUAUAUUAAUGGAUCUAUAGACAUUGGCCUGUGCUAUAAGAAGAUAUUUGAUACUCUUGAUCUCGUGGGAUUUGUAGAUUCUGACUUUGCAGGUGAUAGGGAUUCAAGGAAGUCAACAACUACAUAUUUUUUCACCUUGGGUGGAACUUGUAUUAGUUGGAAAUCCCAACUUCAGCCUCUGGUGGCUUUGUCCACCACCAAGGCUGAAUAUGUUGCUAUGACUGACGCCUUCAAGGAAGUUAUAUGGCUUCAAGGAUUAAUCAAAGAGAUCCACUUGCUCCAAAGCAAAGUGGUAGUCCUCUCAGAUAGUCAAAGUGCCAUUCACCUGUCUAGGAAUCCGGUGCCUACAGAAGAUAACCCAGCUAACAUGGGAACAAAAGUUUUAACUGCAACAAAGUUCAAGCACUGCUUGAACUUGCUACACGUGGAGAUUGUUGUCCGUGAAGCUCCAAACAAUGUUGUUAGGAGUAAGCUGUUGGAGGGCCACGUGCAGCAACCUCAGCCUUCCAUCUGA